AUGAUACCAGAAGAAUCAACUGCAGAUCUUAGUUCACCUCAUCAUUUCUGUAAUUCUAAUUUACUCUCUAAUCAAUUUUUAUGUACAUCAUUAUCAAAUGAAAAUGUUAAUAAUGAACAAAAAAAACUUUCAAUUAGGGCUCCAGAUAUGCAAAUGGGAAAAUGUCGUUAUGUUCGUUUAUUAGAUAAUAUUACUUAUAUUGUUGGUGCAGUAAUAUUAAGAGAAAAUAGUAACAAAAACUUAGAAAUAUUAUUAAUACAAGAAACAAAAAAAAGUUGCUAUGGAAAAUGGUAUAUUCCUGGUGGAAGAGUUGAACCAGGUGAAAGUAUUGAAGCAGCUGCCAUCCGUGAAGCCAAAGAAGAGACGGGAUUUGAUGUUGAGAUUAAAGAAUUAUUAAAAUUAGAUGUUCAAGGAUCUGGUUGGUAUCGAUUUAUAUUUUUUUGUGAAAUUGUUAGUGGUGAAAUAAAAACAAAACCAGAUAGAGAAUCUUUAGCUGCAGCUUGGUAUUUAGUUGAAGAUGUAAGGCAAAAAAAUGUUUUAUUACGUAACAAAGACAUAAAAGAUAUAGUUGAUGAUGCUGAAAAAUAUUAUAGAACAUAUUUUGGAAAAGAAAUUAUUAAUCCAUGUAGAAUAAUACCAGAAUGUCAACGUGGAUUAUUUAUUGAAUUUGUUAUUGUCAAAAAAAAUAUGGACAAAACAAAAACUGAGAUUCUUGUUCAUAAAUCUUGUAAAAGUCAACAAGAAAUAAUUACAAAGAAAGAUGUAUUUCCUACUGUUGAAUUUGGUUUUGAAUAUAUAUUUCCAAUGGUUGUUUCAAAAUGUUAUAGACAUAUCCUAGAAAAUGGUGCUUCUCAAAUUGAAAUGCCAAGCAAAGUAAUAAAUAUAUCCGUCCAAGCAAGUCUUGAUAAUAUUUAUCAUGGAAUUCGCCUAAGAAUUUUAUCUCCUCAUAAACCUAGUAUUUCAAAAAGUCCAAUCUUGGAUCCUGCAAGAUAUACAUGGAUGGAAAUAACGGAUAAAAAUGUACUUCAAGCUUUACGUUUAGUUGAUGGACAAUUCAUUACAAGAUUAACAAUGUUAUAA